GUAUCAUGGAUACGAAAACGGGACUACCAGCUUCUCACUGUGGGACUGAAAACGCACAGCAUGGACGACCGCUUCACCAUCAACUACGUGCACUGGGUGAGUGGGCUGCGCGGUAAGUUGCACUGGGUGAGUGGGCUGCGUGGUGUGUUGCACUGGGUGAGUGGGCUGCGUGGUGUGUUGCACUGGACAGAGGCUGAAGCUGAGAUCCUAGGUUCCCCCGAGAAGCAUGUUAAGGCCGGCAGCAUCCUUCGGCUGGUGUGCAUCCUCCGACACACGACGGAGUCCCCGGCAUACGUGUUCUGGUACCGCGACCAGCAAAUGAUCAACUACAACGAACAGCAGAGUGUCGUCGUCGAGAGCGACGAACAUACGAGCGUCCUGCUCGUGACGCGAGCGGACCGCCAGCACUCCGGCAACUACACGUGUCUCCCCUCCAACGCGCGGCCCGCGUCUAUACUAGUGCACAUCCUCAACGGGGAGCUCGGCGAGUACCCAGCGGCCAUGCAGCACGGGGAGUCGACCGCCAUCUGCCGUCCUCUACACCGACUUCUUCUUCCCGGAUGUCUUGUGCUGCUGGUUGUCCUCUCCCGCCGCUUCUCCCGAGACUCGAGGCAGACAUUUCGACCAAUUGCCGAAGAAAUUCAGCGUCAAAAACCCACUCGAAACAAUAAUAACAUGUGCGAAGUUCCUGGUACGAUUGCCAUGAAUGUCCAAUCACAUGGAAACGGAAUUGGAAACAGUGGUCCCUCAAAGUCUGCGAUCGAGCCUGACGCGAAACAAACAAACCCAUACUGCUCCAUAGAAAUCAGUUAUUCAGGCCACCACAACGGUAACGUUCAUACUAGCGUGUACAACGCAAAACGAAAACGCUGUCUGUAUUUUUCGAUGUGGUUCUAUCAGGAAUGUAGCACUCGAGAAGCCAUUGUUGUCCCAUGCAAGACGUUGUUAUCGCGUGCAGUGGAAGAUGCUGUUGACGCGCCUCGCGAUACUCUGGCCUUAGGCACAAUGAAAUGGAUCAGAUUAAGAAGAAUUUGUAUCGGAUUAAAAACGAGACACAACGGGGAAGAUCCCUAGGUCAUAAUUAAUACAUGAAAAUAUUUUUCAUUCAUUCUGCAUAUGAACAUCGAAUUUCUUCUUGAUUAACUUGAAUCUAUAAAUUGUCUUGAACAAUAAGAUAGGUGAGGCAUAUUGCAAUACCGUAUUAACUAUUGAAAUGAUUUUUUUUGCGGUUUAAAUUCCUCAUCACAUACUCCAACAUUAAGAAGUAAUAUGAGAAAAAAUCUACAGGGUUUGGGGGAUUGCAGUAAACUAUAUAUUUCAUUGCAAUUGAGUCUUCAUUGAGUCUAUUAGGUUUGCCGAACUAAAAAUUUAGAGAUAGAAGAAGAUUCGAGGAUAAAUUUACAAGUCGGAAUCGUGAACACAUUAAAGCCAAUUCUUAAGCAAUGUAUAAUGGAAUAGAUAAUUGUUAUCUCAGCUUCAGAGCGCAAAACACGAAGUGAAAGUAUUUACCCACGACGCAGAUCGUUAGCUGCUGCACAGUUGACUGUGACUCGUUCAAUCAGGAUUGAACCCUUUAAGCUAACUAGUAACAGAUAAAACCAGUUCACUAAUAAAUUAAUAUUCAUUUUAUCCGUAGCAUUUGUAUGGAUGAUUAAUGCUUAUAAUUUACUCAUCGAUCUAUAUACUCUACGUCUCUACCUAAGAAAUACAUUUAGUAAUUACGGUUCGGAUAUGGUGAGCUUUUUUACAAACUAUUAAGACGGAAGUUUCAUUCCAAAAUUUUGCAUCUGACAACAAGAAUCAUAAAGCCCAUUGAAAAUUUAAUGUAUAUAAAAUGCGGCUACGCAUGCGCAUGUCAAUAAUGUCUAUGAUGUACAUGAUGUUGUACAGUCGUACUUAAGUAACUGUAUUGAUGGAUGCUGUCAGUGUUGGUAAGCCAAACUUCUUCUGUAUAAUAAAAUAUUUUACGU